UGGUCCAUCCCCCUGGUCAGGCCUCUACAAAAGCCUCAGUCAUUUCUAGUACAUGCAAUCAAUAACUUUCACAACCACCGAAGCCCUCAGAAACGGAACAAUUCUUCUAGUUUGGACACAUCUGUUUCUUUCGGAUUAAAUGACAAAUCAAAUGUCUUAAUUUGACUCGUAUAAGGAGCGGUUUCGGUUUGUAUAAAUUUACGCAUUCAUAAGAACCAGAAACGACAACUUCCUUGAAUAUGUCAGCUAGUUUAGACCUGUGGAAUAUUCCACUGAGAGCGCUGAAUAUCAACGUGAGAAAAAGAUUGGGACUGUUUUUAAAUCCGAGAAACACUGUGGCAUCAGACUGGAUGUCUGUCGCAGAAAACAUGGGUUUCUCUUAUUUAGAGAUCAAGAAUUACGAGGAUUGCCAGGACCCAACACGGAAGAUUCUAGAGGACUGGCAAGCACGUUGUCCCGGAGCCAAAGUUGGAAAGUUAGUUUCAAUUCUGGAUAACGUGGACAGAAAGGACGUUGUGGAGGAUCUCCGAGUUCUCAUUGAGGAGGACUGUAGGAGGUACAUAGAGAGACAGAAUGAGCCCCCAGUCCAGGUUCCUGAGGUGGACAGCUGUGUUCCCAGAACCCCGGAGAGACAAGGCAUCACCCUGGAGGAUGACCCAGAAGGGGGUAUACCGGAGCUGUUUGAUGCCUUCAUCUGCUACUGUCAGAGUGACUUUGACUUUGUCCAUGAGAUGAUCCAGCAGUUGGAGCAGACGGACCACAAGUUGAAGCUGUGUGUGUUUGACCGGGACGUCCUGCCUGGAUCAUGUGUCUGGACCAUCACCAGCGAACUCAUCGAGAAGAGGUGUAAAAGGAUGGUGGUGGUGAUAUCUGAUGAGUACCUGGACAGUGAUGCCUGUGACUUCCAGACAAAGUUUGCCCUCAGUCUCUGUCCUGGUGCCCGGAGCAAGCGACUGAUCCCUGUGAAGUAUAGGUCUAUGAAAAAACCUUUCCCCAGUAUCCUGAGGUUCCUGACGGUGUGUGACUACACACGACCCUGUACACAGUCCUGGUUCUGGGUCCGGCUGGCCAAGGCCCUCUCCCUGCCCUGAAUGGAUCGUACAGACUUACAGCAACCAAUCAGCACAAGGGGCCUGCCCCUCUCCAGCGGGAACAGGAAGAGUACAUGUCAGCUCGGUGGUACUGUUACUUUACUCGGGACCGUUGAUCGCCACAGUUUAGUUGACAUAUUUUAUAUUGAUUCAUAUUUUAUAUUGAUUCAUAUUUUAUAUUGAUUCAUUUCAGUUUGUGUACUGUACAGUUUGUGUAUUGUAGCAUUUUCUGAACCCACAGAGGGAGUUGCUGAGGUACUCUCCACCUUUUGUCCUCAUCACUGAGAGCCUGAUGGCUCCUUCACUCAUUACUGAUAUAUUGAUUUGGGUUUAAUAUGAGAUUUCAUUCCAUCGAAAACGUUUUAUAUGUUUUUAAUAUGAUAUUUUAUUCUGAGCCCCAUCGCUCAUAUGGACCAAAUAUCAACCUGAAUGAAUAAAUGCUGUUUUUUUUUAUAUUCCAUUUUUUCACCUGUUAAGAAUAUUGUAUAGAUCAGAUGUCUGCAUGGUUGGCAACACAUUUUACAAUUAUUUAGCUGUUUGUUUAUCUGAUGGGCCGGCUCUUUAGUUUCCACAUCCUCCUUCCUCCUGUCAUGGCGGCCAUGUUGUCUCCUCAGAUGAGAGAUAUCAGCAUGUGACUUCCUCCUGUCAUGGCGGCCAUGUUGUCUCCUCAGAUGAGAGAUAUCAGCAUGUGACUUCCUCCUGUCAUGGCGGCCAUGUUGUCUCCUCAGAUGAGAGAUAUCAACAUGUGACUUCCUCCUGUCGUGGCGGCCAUGUUGUCUCCUCAGAUGAGAGAUAUCAGCAUGUGACUUCCUCCUGUCGUGGCGGCCAUGUUGUCUCCUCAGAUGAGAGAUAUCAGCAUGUGACUUCCUCCUGUCGUGGCGGCCAUGUUGUCUCCUCAGAUGAGAGAUAUCAGCAUGUGACUUCCUCCUGUCAUGGCGGCCAUGUUGUCUCCUCAGAUGAGAGAUAUCAGCAUGUGACUUCCUCCUGUCAUGACGGCCAGGUCUCCUCAGAUGAGAGAUAUCAGCAUGUGACUUCCUCCUGUCAUGGCGGCCAUGUUGUCUCCUCAGAUGAGAGAUAUCAGCAUGUGACUUCCUCCUGUCAUGGCGGCCAUGUUGUCUCCUCAGAUGAGAGAUAUCAGCAUGUGACUUCCUCCUGUCAUGACGGCCAUGUCUCCUCAGAUGAGAGAUAUCAGCCUGUGUCUUCCUCCUGUCUUGACACCCUGUUUCAGUACAGAGCGGAGAGACUGACACCUGGCACAUUCACCACACUUUAUAAAGCUGUAUAAAUCCAUCAAUACCAAAAUCUACCAAAACUGUUAAAAAAAAUUAAAGAAAUGGGAGAAGAACAGAAAGCGAUAAGGGACUUUGUCAGUGAUGUAGCUGGCCAUUUCCAAAUGGACUCGUAGUGGGUUACUCAUGCGCCCUUCUCUGGUAACUACUGGAUGUAUAUUUUGUGUUUCUUCAUUUCAUCUGCACUGUUUUUCUAUUAAAAAACAUCUUUAUUAAGCUUC